UAAUGCAAGACGGAAAUAUCUCCUUCACUUCGUCUGACGACAGCUCGUUCGAGGACUUUGGUUCUCCCCCAACGCAACACUUGAACUAUCCUGCGCACCCCAGUGCUAGCCAGCACGAGGAAUCCUUCGACAGUGAGGGAGAUAGCUUCUCCAGCAUCGGUUCCGCUCCCCCAGGCGCACAAGGUCCACCCUUAGGAGGCAGGGAUUUCUCAGUAGACGACAGCUUCAGCUCCGAGGACAGUUUCGCUCCUCCUGGCCGCAAGGCUGCGGAACAGGAAGAGGAAACUGUUUUCGGGGUGAGCAAGGAGGACGGUGGGCUGGGGCGGGCGCCUCAGAGACGGCGCACGGAGUUUGAGCUCCUGGGAAGGGAUCAGGAGGAUAUGACGGUCCAUGGGGGGAGAGUGCAGGAUGCCCCGGCUGGGGAGAGCCCGACGCCUUGGCGCAGAGAUUGAUCUGGCUCAUGGGGAUCUGGGUCAGAGGGCAAGUUGUAAUGCGG